CAGGUGGAGGAGACGUCCUCGAGCGCCGCGGUUGGACCGGACCGGGCAGGACCGGGCAGGACUGGGCUGGGCUGCAGGACCAGCAGCGGUGGACGCUGUCCGCGCUCGGAUCCUCCUGCAGCUGCCGGAUGCACAGGAGCCUCUGAUACCAGAUCCACAACAUGGUUUGGCCGAUUUGCCCAUCCUAAACCCUUCGCACGCUUGCUGGACUCAAAUGUGGACACGGGGAGGACGAGGGAUGCAGUUGCCGUGGAUUAACGAGGAGUAUAGGCUACACAUGGGCUUCGAUUUUCUCUCUCUCUGCUGAGAUUCUUGGCUUAUAAAAUUUAACCACCCUGCCUUGGCCAUGGAGAACCAAGCCGCCGAGCCGCAGAACUAUGAAGACGUGCAGAAGAGCGGUUAUCUCCGCAAGCAUAAAUCAAUGCACCGGCGGUUCUUCGUGCUGCGGGCGGCCUCGGAGCACGGUCCCGCUCGACUUGAAUACUACGAGAACGAGAAGAAAUUCCGCAGCAAAUCACCUGUGCCCAAGAAAAUGCUGAGCCUGGAGACCUGCUUCAACAUCAACAAGCGGGCCGAUUCCAAGAACAAGCACAUGAUCGUGCUCUACACCCGCAGCGAGAGCUUCGCCAUCGCCGCGGACAGCGAGGAGGUCCAGGACGAGUGGUACCAGGCGAUGCUGGACCUCCAGGGCGACUGUAAAACCCCUGAAGACUAUGGCAGUAGCGGGGAGUGUAGCUCUCCGUCUCCUGUUCCAACUUUCAAGGAAGUGUGGCAGGUCAAGGUUUGGCCGAAGGGUCUUGGACAUGCCAGGAACUUAGUGGGCAUCUACCGGCUGUGCCUGACUGACAAAACUGUCAACUUUGUCAAACUCAACUCUGAUGUGGCCAGUGUGGUGUUGCAGCUGAUGAAUGUUCGCAGGUGUGGCCAUUCAGAGAACUUUUUCUUCAUCGAGGUGGGUCGCUCCGCGAUCACCGGCCCUGGAGAGUUCUGGAUGCAGGUGGAUGACUCUGUCGUGGCCCAGCACAUGCAUGAGACCCUGCUGGAGGCCAUGAAGGCCCUGAGUGAGGAGUUCCGUCAGCGUAGUAAAUCCCAGUCUGUGGGAACGUCAUGUGGAGGUGGUACUGCUUCUAACCCAAUCAGUGUUCCAAGCCGUCGCCAUCAUCCAAAUCUGCCACCGAGCCAAGUGGGCUUCUCCAGACGAGCCCGCACAGAGACCCCUGGGACAGGAGGCAGCAGCACAAGCACUUCACCUACUUCGCGCCACGGGUUUCCGAGGGCGCGGACAGCCAGCAUCGGGGCAAGGUCAGAGGAGGGCGGGGCAAGCACCAAAGGGACAUGGGCCAGCUCCAGUCCAAGUCUUAAUGGAUCCUGCUCCACAACGCCAACAUUAAGGCCCAAACCCACCAGGGCCCCAACCCCCGCUAAGAUUACCCUCAGCCUUGCACGUUAUACGCCUAACCCAGCUCCCUCCCCUGCACCAAGUCUGUCCUCCAGCUCUGGUCAUGGCUCAGAGUGUGGCCUCGUGGGGGCAGCAGUGGGGGGCAUUGCGGUCUGCUCCUACCCUCGUGUUUCUCAGAGAGUUUCUGUAUCAGGUUCGCCAAGCGACUACGGCUCCUCGGAUGAAUACGGUUCUAGUCCUGGGGAACACUCUCUGCUCGUACCCUGUCUGUCCGGGCAUCAUGUACACGGAGAAGGUCCCUCCAGCUAUAUAGUCAUGGGACAGCGAGAGGGUCUCCUUGGUUCCCACCAUCGCUCCAAAGGCAGGCGAAUUCUGCGGCGCUCAUCUAGUCGGGAAUGUGAGGCAGAACGCAGACUGCUAAGUAAGAGGGCUUCCCUGCCUUUGGCAGCCCAUGAACGACUGACUCCGCAUAGAAAAGAUGAAGAUGAUGAAGACGAUGAAGAGUAUGCCAUCAUGACACAGAGUGCUAACAAGGAGAGAGCUGAUUUGCACCAUGCCUCGGGCGGUCUGGCAGGUGGUGCUGGGCAGCUUGAUAUAAGGGGGAAUAGGAAGAGGGCUGACCAAAGCAGGGGAGCCGCUGUGGAUAGUGGCUAUAUGUCAAUGCUGCCUGGAGUCACAUCUCCUCCUGUUUCACUUCCUCUCUCAAUAGGUAUGUCUGACGCCAGUGCUAAACCUGGGGCAGACGAUGAGUAUAUGGCCAUGACCCCCAACAACAGUGUGUCCCCUCCUCAGCACAUCCGCCAGCCCAGCUCAGAGGGCUACAUGGUCAUGUCACCCAAUAGCAGCAGUUCCACAGACCUGCACGGACAGGGCAUGUGGGAUAGCAGGGCCAGCAUAGAGAGCCGGGCUGCCAGUGACUACAUGAACAUCUCACCUGUCAGCAGCCGCUCUGCCUGCAGCACACCACCUUCCCACCCCGAGCAGCACCAGCUGCAACCAAAAAUGUUCAAUUCUUAUUUCUCCCUGCCACGAGCUUACCAACAUACUCUCUAUUCCCGCUUCGAGGAGGACUUAAACAAAGGGGAAGCGAAAAAGGGCAGCAGUGGGCAUGAUGGUGCUGGAAAGGGAGGGGGAGUGGGAUACAGCAAGAGAAACAAAACUGCGGUGGGCUCUGCAGGAGGCUGCCAACUCUCCAUGUCUUCCUCUUCGUUCUCCUCCAGCUCAGCCAGCAGUGAAAGCCUGGAGGACAAGUCCAUAUCAGCGGGGAGAGGGUUAAGUUUGUUAAGAACUGAAGCAGAGUACAAUAGUGCAGGAAUAUGCACAAAAGAUGGACGUCACCAUCAAAAACGUGGAUCAAGUAGUAAGAGCCCAAAGCAGCAAAGGAAGGCUCGUCCCCUCAGUGUGUCUUCAGACAUCACUAAAGCAAACACCCUGCCCAGGGUGAAGGAGAACCUGCUGCCAUCCCAAAACGUCGGUGAGUAUGUCAGUAUUGUGUUCAAGGAAGAGAAUAAGUAUGGCAGACGACAUGGACAACCUGUGAUCCAUGGAACCCUCCGGCCCUCGAAUCAACCGCUUCUCUGCCACAAUAAUGCUGCUAACCUUCCCCGCAGCUACUCCGCACCGCUGUCCACUUCUGCCGAAUACGUCAGCAUGGAUUUAGGAAAGUCGCCAACACCCCUGACUCCUGUUAGGUCCACAUUCAGCACCCCGCGGGGCCCACCAGCUGUUGUCCCCAAGGCCCAACAAGAACACGGCACAUCCUCUUCUCUGGCAGCGGAGGGCAACGCCGGGUACAGAACGAAAGUAAAGAAGGCUGCAAUGCCAACGGAUGCCCCUGCUCCAUUUACCGACAACAAAGGUUCGGAUCCCAGCAUUUCAGCAAGGUCGGGCGUCCACUCUGGUCAACCUUCAUCUAUGGAGCAGGAGACAGGUUUGGGUUUCUCCCCAGUCAAGUCCUUCCAGUCUCCAGAGCGGAGCAGCAGACUGGUCCGAGGUGACCCGCAGGGACGGCGGAGCCACCGCUCAGAGACAUUCAACUCACCCCCCUCUCUACCACACCACCCACCCUCAUCUACCUCCCUCUUCACAGAGGGCAGCCAGGCAGCGAGCCAUCGGCAUGGUUUGGACUGCUCACUGUGGGAGACCAGGCAGGCAGCUAGUUUAUCUGCCACACCUCCACCACAAGCCUCCACCUCAUCUGCUGAACAAGGCCUUAACUACAUUGACCUUGACUUGGCCAUUAAGGAGAGCCCUCAAGCUGGAGCGGAGCGUACCUCUGCUGCCUACAACAUCGGAGGAAGCGCCAUGGGUAGCGGUGCUGGCUCCAGCCUCAACACUUACGCCAGUAUUGAUUUCUAUAAGUCAGAAGAACUGAGGGCACACCAGAGCAGUAGAAAGGAUGGUCAAGAUUGUUGAUCUUUGUCCUCAUCUUGGGUCUGAGUGUGACGCCGCUGGUGGGACAGCUCACAGUGAGGGGACGGUCGGCGGCCUCAUCUGUUGCCAUAACAGAGCUGGACCCCGAAGUCUGAACACUGAAACCACGGAGAACGCAUUCCCAUCUCGUCUGCUGUUUUCUGUCAACCAAAUGUGUGCCAAAUACACAUGCACACACGCACGCACACACACACACACACACACA